GAGAGCGAUGGCGGCGGCGCGGCGCGGCGGGCCGGGACCGGCGGCGGAAAAUGCGGGCGCCGCGGCUCACGGUCCCCGCCGAAAGCGGCUGUGGAGGCCUGUCUUGCUGCGUGACGUCAUAGGCAGCGUCCAGGAGGGACGAGGGUUUGCAUUUCAGAGAAAACAAAAGAUCGAAAGACAAUACAGGAAAUUAUUGAAAAAGGGAAGAAAGUUCCAUUCACAACAGGAUGAUCAGUUUACUGAUACUUAUCCUGAGCACUUGAAACAUCUUUACCUGGCUGAGGAAGAAAUGCUUAAGAAACGACGCAGAGCUCCGGAUGAUUCAGUUUUAUCAGAAGAAAAACCUAAUAAAGCAGUAGAGUCAGUUAUGACUGAAGGGAAGUUUAAGAAGAAAACAUCCAAUCAGAAGGCAAAAGAAGAGUAUGAGAAAAUAAAGGCUGAGCGUGCUAGAAAGAAAGAGGAAGCAGAAAAAAGAAAACAACAAAGAGAAGCAGCUCAAAGGUUGUACAAGCAAAAGAAAAUGGAAGCUUAUAAAAUAUUGAGUAAGAAGACAAAAAGAGGACAGCCAAAUCUAAACUUACAAAUGGAGUUUCUUCUUCAGAAAAUAGAGCAAAAUACAUAAACCUCUGCGUACCUCUUAAUUACUGGUUUUGAGUUACCUGUGGACAUUUUAUUAAAUUACUUUUAAUAAAUAAUGGGGUUUUGCUUCUGUGUGACUUUUGUCAUUGGCUUGAUUUAUCUCAUCAGUCCAAUACUGGAGGAUAUUAAUCCUGAAAAUACGUAUUUUAUGCUGAGAGUGAGAGACAUCUGGUACCUUGAAAAUAAACGUAUUUCUAAACUUAAAUUCUGUUAGCUAUGUAAUAUCCUGAAUUCCAGAUCAUUAGAGCCUAGUACCAUCUGAACAUGAAUCUACAUUGUAUAAAGCAUUUGUUUUCUAGCUCUAGCACUUCCUGCAAUUGUGACUACUAAAAUUAUGCUUACUUGAAUAAAAUGAUACAUGCAACAUAAUUGCUAUCUUAUGAGCUGCCAAGGCUAGGAGCGUGUUUUUGUGCUGCUGGGUAGGGUUUGGCACAUGAAAACAAAGAACAUAAACUAUACUUGGAUGACUUAUUUAUCAUUCUCUACAAGGAAUAAAACUUAUCAAAGGUCCAAAAAUGGUUUGAAUGUAAAGAUCGUGUAGACCUAACAUACACUUUGUGCUUGGUGAUUUAUAAUUUGGUGAUUUGUUUUGUUCAUAAACAAAGUAUGACUUUCUAGCUUUGAUGGAUCAGGUAGAUGGGUUGAUAUUUUGGUAUGCUGAGUAUAUAGAGUUUCUAAUUUUUGUUCUUCAGAACAUCUUUAGAAAACAAAUUCUUUUAAAUCAUGAUUUGGAGAUGCAAUUAGUGAUCUUUGGCCUAAUAAAAUGAAAGCAUGCUUAGUAAGACUAAUAAGUUUGCAAUAAAGCAAGUUAACUAUUUUCCUUAAGUUUAUACAGGAGAAUACUGUUAUACUUUUGCUUUUAUCUUGGUCUACUUUGGCAGCCAAGAAAUAAAUAUUGAGGUUUUUUUCUACGGAUAAUAAAGACUAUGCAGACUUUAGAGUAAGGAAUGCCUUGAAAUAAAUUUCUCAGGACAUGCUCUAUAAGAUUUGCAAUACAUUUACAGUAUUAUAGUAUUAAAUACACUUAUAUAUAUUAAAUACUGUAUUAUAGUAUUAAAUAUUUACAAUAUUAAAUUAUCUUGUUCAGAAAUUGAUGUCAACUUCAAAAAAUUCCUUAUUUAAAAUGGGAAAAAUAAAUAGUUUUGAAUUGUAUGACAAGCGCUGUUAAAUGGGGAAUAGUUUAGGAGUUUGAAUUGGCUAAAAUGUUUCUUGUGUCAGUAUUCUGAGGCUUUUUCACCUCAUCUUGUUAAAUUUUUUGCAAGGCUUUGACUCCUUGUGCUGUAAUGUCAUUUAGGAAAAACUCAACACAAGUUUUAGGUAGUGCACCAACAGAAAAUGCAGGAGAUUUUCUUGGAAUGGGUAUGUGCAUUCUAGGAGAGAAAGGGAGUGUAAAUUUGACAGGCUUAUUCUGUUUUAAACUUUUUCCUUUUUUUUUUUUUUUAAAAUAAUUGCUGUAAUUGCCAGUUUUGAGUGGCUCUGCACUGAAACAUUAAAGAGCAAAAAUCUGCAAAGUACCCAGGAAGUGGGAAGGCAAGUUUUGGCAUACACAGUCUACUUCCAUUCUUGUCAGUCUUGCCUGUCAGCUUUUAUUUUAAAAGAUGAAAACUGUAAUAUUUGCAACUAUUAGGGGUUUUUUUUAUCAGUAGUGCAGAAGACUGAAAACGUUAGCUUUGUGUAACUUGUGAAUAACGUGAAACAUCUUCCAUGGGAACUCAUGGUUGAAGUGCUUGCAUUUUUCAUUUGCGAGUGUCUGUUACCCUAGAUGAUCUUUUAUCAUUCUUUGUCUAAGGAAAUGUUAAACACAAGUAUUCUGAAUGGUCAUCUUAAAAAGACCUCAGUUUGCCCUCAGUUCACUUAUAUACCUACUGGGCUGAUGUUUACCAUGAUGUCAGCUGUCUGGAAAGAUUUCAGAAAACCGUAAGUCUUAGACCAGUAAUUCCAAUGGUCAGUGGCCAUUCUAGAUUACUGGUAUUGCUACAGAUACUGGUAUACAGUCUAAAUACCAGUACAUUUUUAGAUAAGGUGCUUAAAGUGUUUGGAUAGUUUGAUGCAUUUGAAAUCCAGAUUUUCUUCUCUUGUGUUGAGUGAAAACUUUACUAUCAAAAUACUCCAUUUGCUUGAUUCUUCCUGGAGAACAGGGUAGGUAAUAUGAGCUAGUAAGUUAAUUACUUUUUUUUAGGACUUGUGAUAUAAUUUUCUUACAUAAGUUGUUUUGCAAAUGGACUCUAAAUAUACAUAUACAUCAUGUAACCAGUUAAUAUUCUUAGUUCACUCAAGUAAUUUAAUGGCUUCAUAUCAUUCCUCCUUAGCAACAAGAAGUCUCGUUGAUUAGUGGAAAAGAACAGAAUUCUGCUCUGAAAAAAAAAAUCUUACUUUUUUACUGGUGUUAUUCUCUGGUUUUGUUUAAGAAUUAGAAUUUUGAGAGAAAUUCAGGAUUCAUAGUAUCUGUUCCACAAUAUUGGUUAUUAAAAUUU